AUGGAGAGCAACAAUCCUCCGACCGACGAUGCCAAGAAUCCUAAACCCGAAACGACAGAGCAUCGCACGACGAAUACGACACCGUUUCAGGGGGGAGCGAGCGUUUCAGGCAGGCAUCCUGUCUAUAGGGGAAUACGCUUGCGGAAUGGAAAAUGGGUCUCCGAGAUCCGGGAGCCACGCAAAACGACUCGCAUAUGGCUCGGGACGUACCCCAUGGCCGAGAUGGCGGGCGCGGCCUAUGACGUGGCGGCUCUUGCCCUCAAGGGCUCGGUGGAUGCCUCCCUCAACUUCCCCGGCCUGGCUUCGUCCUAUCCGACACCUGCUUCCACCUCGGCCGCAGACAUUCGCGACGCUGCGGCUAGAGCCGCGGAGAUUAAGAACCAGAACCAGAACCCGGAUCCGAGGCCGGACCCAGACCCGGUUUCAGACGAACCGGGUCGACCCGAGAGCGAGGAACCGGGUUCUACGGAGUUCGUGGACGAGGAAGAGUUGCUGAAUAUGCCGAAUUUGCUGACGGAUAUGGCGGAGGGGAUGCUGAUGAGUCCCCCGAGAAUGCACGCGCCGCCGCGUGAUGACUCGCCGGAGGUUCAUGAAGGUGACUGUCUAUGGAGUUACAAGUGAAGCAAUCUAUGGGGUUUUCUUUUUUUAAUUUGGCCGUCCGGAUUGUUGUUUUUUGGGGUAUUGGUCAACCCUUUAAAUGAAAUACGUACUAAAAUGGCAAAUGGGUUAUUAAAAAAUUAUUAAUUAGGAUUAUAUUCGGUAUUGUAUGGCACUGCACAAUCUCCAUCUAUUAAAAAUAAAUCCAUUUCAGGAA